AUGAGGAGGGAGAACCAGAGCCGCGUGUCCCAGUUCCUCCUCCUGGGGCUCCCCAUCCUGCCGGAGCAGCAGGGCGCGUUCUUCGCCCUGUUCCUGGGCAUGUACCUGACCACGGUGCUGGGGAACCUGCUCAUCGUGCUGCUCAUCAGGCUGGACUCUCGCCUCCACACCCCCAUGUACUUCUUCCUCAGCCACCUGGCCCUCACUGACGUCUCCUUCUCAUCUGUCACUGUCCCCAAGAUGCUAAUAAACAUGCAUACCCAGGAUCAAUCCAUCCCUUAUGCAGGCUGUGUAACACAGAUGUUUUUCUUUAUAUUUUUUGGUUGUAUUGACAACCUUCUUCUCACAGCGAUGGCCUAUGACAGGUACGUGGCCAUCUGCCACCCCCUCCACUACACAACCAUCAUGAGGGAGGAGCUGUGCAUGUUUCUGUUGGCUGCAUCCUGGCUCCUCUCUUGUGCCAGUGCCUUGUCCCACACCCUCCUCCUGGCUCAGCUCAUGAGGCCUGAGAACCAGAGCCGCGUGUCCCAGUUCCUCCUCCUGGGGCUCCCCAUCCUGCCGGAGCAGCAGGGCGUGUUCUUCGCCCUGUUCCUGGGCAUGUACCUGACCACGGUGCUGGGGAACCUGCUCAUUGUCCUGCUCAUCAGGCUGGACUCUCGCCUCCACACCCCCAUGUACUUCUUCCUCAGCCACCUGGCCCUCACUGACGUCUCCUUCUCAUCUGUCACUGUCCCCAAGAUGUUGAUGGACAUGCAGACUAAGUACAGAUCGAUACCCUAUGUGGGGUGCAUUUCUCAGAUGUAUUUUUUCAUAUUUUUUACCGACCUGGACAGCUUCCUUAUUACAUCCAUGGCAUACGAUCGGUAUGUGGCCAUAUGCCACCCUCUCCAUUACACCACCAUCAUGAGGGAAGAGCUGUGUGUCUUAUCAGUGAUUAUAUCCUGGUUCCUAUCCUGUGCCAGCUCCCUCUCCCACACCCUUCUCCUGACCCGGCUGUCCUUCUGUGCAGCUAACACUGUCCCCCACUUCUUCUGUGACCUUGGUGCCCUGCUCAAGCUGUCCUGCUCAGACAUCUUCCUGAAUGAGUUAGUCAUGUUCACAGUAGGGGUGGUGGUCAUAACCCUGCCAUUCAUAUGUAUUCUGGUAUCUUAUGGUUACAUUGGGUCCGCCAUCCUGAGGGUCCCUUCUACCAAAGGGAUCUGUAAAGCAUUGUCCACAUGUGGCUCUCAUCUCUCUGUGGUGUCUUUGUAUUAUGGGGCAAUAUUUGGGCAAUACCUUUUCCCAACAUUAAGCCAUUCCAUUGACAAGGACAUCAUUGUGGCUCUCAUGUACACUGUGGUCACACCCAUGCUGAACCCUUUUAUUUACAGCCUUAGGAACAGGGACAUGAAAGAGGCCCUUGGGAAACUCCUCAGUAGAACGUUUUUCUCAUAG